AUAGAGAGUCUCUUUCUAUUUCCUUUGUUCCUCAUUCUUUCCUGCUCCACCCUUGAUUUGAAGCUCUUUAACAAUGGGGUUAAGAGUACUUUCUGCCCUUGAUGGAGCAAAAAUACAGUAUUAUCACUUCAAAGCCAUAAUAAUAGCAGGCAUGGGCCUCUUCACUGAUGCCUAUGAUCUCUUUUGCAUCCCUCCAAUCAUGAAACUUCUUGGCCGUGUAUACUACGAGGACAAUCCUCAUGACAAAUACCAAAUCCCACAAGUUGUGCUUGCUACCAUGUUAGGCACAGUCCUGCUUGGUACAGUGAUUGGUCAACUCGUAUUUGGUAUACUUGGUGACCGAAUGGGAAGGCGCCGCGUAUACGGUAUCUCACUGAUGCUCAUGGUCCUCAGCUCGGUUGGGUGUGGUUUCUCCAUUUGCAGGACCAAAACCUGCGUUCUUGUCAGUUUGGGGUUUUUCAGGUUUUUUCUGGGACUUGGGAUUGGUGGAGACUACCCUUUGUCAGCUACAAUCAUGUCUGAAUUUGCUAAUAAGAAUACACGAGGCGCUUUCAUAGCGGCUGUGUUUUCUAUGCAAGGGCUUGGAAUUUUGGCUAGUUCCAUGGUGACUAUGGUGGUGUCUAAGACUUUUGAGGCUGCUGCUUCCAAGAAAUUGUCACAUGAUCAUACACCAGAAGAUGCUGACAUUGCUUGGAGGUUGAUUCUGAUGCUUGGUGCUGUUCCUGCUGGACUCACUUAUUAUUGGCGCAUGAUGAUGCCUGAAACGGCCAGGUACACAGCUUUGGUGGAGAAUAAUGCCUUGCAAGCAGCAAGGGACAUGGAGAAGGUCUUGGAUGUUUCAAUUUUCCAAAUAGCAGAAGAUGAUCCAAUGCAGCAGCCACAAAAUCCAUCAUCUUAUCCUCUAAUCUCGAUGCAGUUCCUCCGUGUCCAUGGCAUUGAUCUCUUCUCCUGUGCCACCACAUGGUUACUUCUUGACAUUGCUUUUUAUAGCAGCAGCCUCUUCCAGUCCCAGAUUUACAGGAAGAAUCUUCACUUGCAAGACACAAAUGUUUAUAAUGAAGCUUUCAAAGUUGCUUUCUUCCAAACCAUGGUAGCAAUUGCUGCUACAAUUCCAGGGUAUUGGUUCACAGUCUAUUUUAUUGAUCGCAUCGGAAGAAAAAAAAUCCAAAUGAUGGGAUUUCUCUGCAUGGGUAUAGUGUAUUUUGCAAUAGGGAUACCAUACCAUUACUGGCGUACACAUGAAAAUAAAGGUUUCCUAGUCCUUUAUGGUCUUACAUUCUUCUUUGCAAAUUUUGGACCCAACACUACAACUUUCAUCGUGCCAGCAGAACUUUUUCCAGCUAGAUUUAGAUCAACAUGCCAUGGAAUUUCUGGGGCAAUGGGGAAGGUGGGUGCUUUCUUUGGGACAUUAGGAUUUCUGUGGGCUACAAAAAAUAAUGAUCCAAGAAUCAAAGCAAUGAGAAUUGCUUUAGUGAGUUUGGGUGGGAUUUGUCUCUUGGGAAUGGCUGUGACAUACUUGUUCACGAGAGAAACUAAUGGAAGAUCAUUAGAGGAGAAUGAGAAGGAGAAGGAAAACAGUGAGCUGCGCUUCUUCAGAUGUUUGAUGGAUGCUGAUCGCCACCCAAAGACUUCUGUCCCUGAAGAAGAGAUUGCUUUGUGAAGAACUAAAUACACACUGUUUUCUGGACAAGAAAAUCUAGAUAGAUCUGCUACGAUUUCUUCUCUUCUCUUCUUUGUUUUUCCACCCUCGAAGCACUAGAUUUUAGCUGGUGUCCUAUCAGAUGAUUGAACUCUAAAACUCUCAGAAAUAUUUAUAUGUAAAUAUUUAAUGAUAAAUUAGUACUAUUACUUCUCUAUCCUUUUAAAA